CCGAUUCCUUUUCCGAAUCCUAAAAUAAUUGAUACCAAACAAAGCGUUAGGGUUUUAUCAUCUUCAGCUCUCUUCAGCCUUUAAAGAAGCUUUGUUGAGAGAAUAGGGAGUGCUCUGCGGACGAGCCCUGAUUUUGAAACGUUUCAGAGUUCUUUUGUUUUGAUCAUAUUUAGAUUUUUAAUUUAUCAUUCUUUCUUUCAUUUGAAUUUUGUUUUCUUGAUCGUCAUUUCGAAAAAAAUUUGUGAUUUUUGGUCAGAAAUAUGGCACUUUACUCGUCAAGCUUCGGAUUGUCAAAAAUUGACAAUCAGUUGAUCAAUUUUGAUUCAACAAAGCAAUGGGGUCACAAUCAAACUGUUGAAGUUAGGGUUUUAGGAUGCAUGAGAAACCCCAAUCUCGAAUUUGCAAAGUCAUCGCGAUUUCCUGCUUUGCACAAUUCAUUUAGGAACAACCAAGUGUUCAGAGUCAAAUGUGCCGAGUCAGAGAGACUGGCAAAGACAUUCAUGGUUUUGGAGGGUUCAGAGGUUGAGUCGGUAACAAAAACUGACGAUGGAACUGGUGGUGGUGGUGGUGGUGGUGGAAAUCGGAGGUUUUCUUCUGGAGGAGGAGACGGCGGUGGCAGCGACGGGGGUGGUGAUAGUGGAGAGAGGGAUAACGAUGAGGAAGAGUUUGGGCCGAUAAUGAAAUUUGAGGAGGUGAUUAGAGAGAUGGAGAUGCAAGGGGCUAGUCUUCCUUCGGAUAUGUUAGAGGCAGCCAAGUCUACAGGGAUUCGCAGACUUAUUCUCGCUCGAUACUUGGAUUUACAGAGAUCAGUUUGGCCUUUAGGCUUUUUGAUGAGAUACUGCGGGAUGCUUCGGAACCGCAUGCUUGCUGACCCGUCUUUUCUUUUUAAAGUUGGAACAGAGGUAGUCAUUGAUUCUUGCUGUGCAACAUUUGCGGAAGUUCAGAAAAGGGGAAAAGACUUUUGGGCAGAAUUUGAGUUGUAUGCUGCAGAUCUUUUGGUUGGUGUGGUUGUUGACAUUGCUUUGGUUGGCAUGUUAGCACCCUAUGUUCGGAUUAGUAAGCCAUCUAUAUCGAGUGGUUUCUUUGGACGCAUACAACAUGCUUGUGGCGCCCUUCCAAGCAGUGUUUUUGAAGCUGAAAGGCCAGGAUGUAGAUUCUCAGUGAAGCAGAGGAUUGCUACAUACUUCUACAAGGGUGUUUUGUAUGGAUCAGUUGGAUUUGGCUGUGGUCUUAUUGGCCAAGGCAUUGCAAAUUUGAUCAUGACUGCCAAACGGAACAUAAAAAAAUCGGAAGAGGAUAUACCUGUGCCGCCUCUAGUGAAAAGUGCUGCUCUUUGGGGUGUUUUCCUUGGAGUAUCUUCCAACACUCGUUAUCAAAUAAUUAAUGGAUUAGAAUGCCUAGUUGAAGCAUCUCCCUUGGCGAAGCAGGUCCCGCCUGUUGCAAUGGCUUUUACAGUGGGUGUGCGGUUUGCCAACAAUAUCUAUGGUGGAAUGCAGUUUGUAGAUUGGGCUAAAUGGAGUGGCGUGCAGUAGCUGCAAGUCAUUUCCAAGAGAUUUUGGUCUUCAGUUAUCAGAUGGCAGAUUAGUAUAGAUAGUUACUUUUAGCAUCAGCUUGCAAUUCACUACUCUCUUAUAGUUAGGGUUUGCUACAUGACAAGCACAAAAGCUUGGAUGUGCUUAUUGCAGUCGAGUUUUAAAUAAAGCUUGCAUCAUGUUAAGAGAGCAUUGUUAUAUUGUUGAUGGAUUUGUUAAAACUGCUAAUAGCGCUUUCAUUCAAUUAGAUUAUUAUAUUUCUCGUA